AUUUUUCCCACGGGAAAUGUUCAAACAAAAAAAUAAAAACCCACACAUACACGUACUACAUAUAUACGCACAGCAACAACACAGCCUCCAUAUAAUUCAUUUCAUAAUAAAUAAUAGUAAAUUGACAUUUUAACAUCUGUUAUGUGUUCUCAUAACGGCCAUCUCAGUAUUGUUAGGUUCGGCACUGAUGGAACGUCCAACUGUUUCGUCAUGGCCCCCCUGCCAGUGCAAAUGCAGUAUUUAAUAAAACCGCCCAAUCAUUAAUCUUAUGAUCUAGCUUGCUAAAAUUUCACACUUAAUUUCCGUUAUAUGGUAGAGCUAAAUCAAUCACAUUUUUGUCAAGAUUUUUAAAAUGAAAUAUCGUUUUCGCUUUCUCACCUCCCUUCGCCUUUUAUUCCUCCCUUCCUUUCUCCCCCACACAUGCAUGCAUUCACACACAUACGCGACCCCCUCCUCCCUUCCAUAAUUUCCCCAUCUCCCUUACCCACUCUCUUCUCUACAACAAACAUGGCCGCUAAAUCUGAUGGUGCACCCGUCUCGUUGCGAAAUGACAUCCUGCCCGAGGGUCUGCCCGGUUCAGAUCAACGUUCGCCUCAGUGCCACCCUGAUAGGAAGCGCUACUCACUCCACGAUUGCAGUUGGACGCUAUGUGCUCUUUUGGUGUUCUUUUCGGACGGGGCCUCAGACCUGUGGCUGGCAGCGGAUUACUACCUCAGCCGGAACUACUGGUGGUUUGCAUUGACACUGGUCUUCGUGAUCGUCCCAUCUGUGGUGGUUCAGGUGCUGAGUUUUAGGUGGUUCGCCUAUGAUUAUUCGGAUAGCAACGACAGUAGCACAGCCGCAGCAGCGGUCGCAGCAUCGGGCGCCGAGAGCCAUUUCACCACCAAGGACAGCGAUCAAACGGGCGCUGGCCGCGAUGCUGAGUUCGGGAAAUUGCCUACGACGGGCACUAUGGGAGGAGCCCGGGGUUGCUGCAGAGCCUGUAUGUGGCUCUUUCAAUGCUUCAUCCAUAUAUUUCAGCUAGCACAGGUCUGGAGGUAUGUCCAUGCCCUGUACUUGGGGGUGCAGAGUCGCUGGCGUGGGGACCACGAGAGACGUCACUUCUACUGGCGCAUGAUGUUUGAGAGUGCUGACAUCAGCAUGCUGCGUCUGUUGGAGUCGUUCCUGAAGAGCGCCCCCCAGCUGGUCCUGCAGCUAAGCAUCAUGGUCCAGGCCAGCCAGGUCCUCCCGUUGCAGGGCCUCUCAGCCUCUGCCUCGCUGGUGUCCCUGUCCUGGAUGAUCGCCUCCUACCAGAAGGUUCUAAGGGACUCCCGGGACGAUAAGCUGCCCAUGUCCUACAAGGCCGUCAGUGUGCAAAUCCUGUGGCACCUGUUUACCAUCGGAGCCCGUACGAUGGCCUUCGCCCUGUUCGCCUCCGUAUUCCAGCUCUACUUCGGUAUUUUCAUCGUGGCCCAUUGGUGCAUCAUGACAUUCUGGAUCAUUCAAGGCGAAACAGACUUCUGCAUGUCCAAAUGGGAGGAGGUCAUCUAUAACAUGAUGGUCGGCAUAGUGUAUGUUUUCUGUUGGUUCAGCGUGAGGCAGGGACGCACACGCUGCCGUAUGUUCAUCUACAGUGUGGUUGUAUUAAUUGAGAAUGUGGCACUCACCACAUUCUGGUAUGUGUACCGUGGCCCACAUACCUCUGACUUCAGUGCCCUGAUCAUAGUGUGUAUGGUGGCCAGUAGCUACGCUCUGGGCACCUUCUUUAUGUUAGUCUACUACUGCCUGCUGCACCCUGACGGUCAUAUCUCAGGGUGGUUAUGGGGGGUACCAGAGGAGGUAUCAGUGGAGUCCUGCCUUUCCCCAGCUUCCUCUCUCCCUCCAGAUGUAGUGGCCAGCCCCCCCAGGACUCUGCAGAGGACUAAAGGGGGAGACCGUGAGCAGAUGGGAGGGGCUAAUGCAGACGUGUUUCUGGUGCGAACACUUAAAAGAGGAGCCAAGCCAAAUCUCCCACCCCUCAUCCCUAGGACAGAAGGGCCAGUCAUCCGUAUAGACUUGCCAAGGAAGAAGUACCCUGCCUGGGAUGCCCACUUCAUCGACCGCCGUCUGCGCAAAACCAUUCUGGUGCUCGAGGCUGCUGCUCCGGUCACACCAAGGAUCCAGUACCGCUGUCUGGGUUCAGCCAUAGAGGUGAUGGAGUAUGAGACCACAGUGUGAACCGCUUAGAGUACAGUUACUCAACUGGCUAUCAUCCAGCCGGCAAAGCCCCACAGUGGCACACAGCUGACUAACUCGCUCUGAGGAUCAGUUCUGCUCUAGUCCCGCUCUGUGCUGUAAAGCAUCAAGAAUACACUGGCUGGGAGAGGGGGAGUGCGUGGAAAGGGUUUCACAUCAAAUGUCUGGGAUAGAAAGACGAUGUCUGAUGUGGCCUAAGUAGGUGACUACGUGAGGUUUGUAUUUUGGUGCCGUGUCAGUAUAAUUUCUCCGGUUAGGGGGACGGUACAGGGAGAGUUAUGGGCCAGGGGUCAGAGAUCAGUGAAAGUGCAGAGGGACACAGAAAGAGGAGCUGGAUAGCUGUCAAUCAGAGGGAAACCAUCCUCAAUGAACUUGCUCCAAAAUAAUGUCCUCUCAAGCCAAGGCAAAAACCAUCAGAGACAAUACCUAAACAUUUAUGAAUACCUAUGACAAUACCUCUGUUAAUUUAUUAUGAUUAUACACCAUAACAGUAGAUAAGUCACAUGGUUAAUACAUACCCGUCUAAUUGAGCUACUGGAACAGGACAUUUUGACUGCUGUGUGUGAUUUGUCAUAGCUAUUUAUGCAUGUUUAAGUAAUCUCAAAGCCUUAAUAAGUGGUCUAAAAUCCAUAGGACAAUUUCUAAAGAGAGAGAAAUUGAGAAGAUGUAUUGGGAUGAAUGUUCAAUACACUUUGUUGUCAUACAGUUAGUUUGGUAUUAUGACAAGAUCUGUGUAGUAUAACAAACAUGAGGCUGGAUACUGAAUGUGCAGGAUUGCUGUAUUAUGUCUAACUUGUCUGGACUCUGGUUGCCCUGUAGAAAAUAGUUUAGAUAUCUUUCAAUCUUCAUGAUGAUGAUACAGUGUGUGCUUCGUGUGUAUCUAGGUGGUCAUUGCUCCAUAAAGAAAUGUUCUAUCUGUCUAACACUAAAAAUGGAGUGCAUUGUAUCAACUUUAAAUCCAGAACAAGACAGAAACCUUAUGUGGCUGAGAAGUGGAAACAAGGUUGAAACUGGGAGCAUUUGUAUAUGAGGUGUAUGCGUGCGCGUGUUCGUGCACAUUUGUAUGUUGUACAUUGGGGUUCAUAUGAUAUUGUGUUGUAGAAAGAUGAAGCUUUAGUUCUUAAAUGCUGUCCAGGUAACUCAAUUAUCCCGCUAGUACUAAGAUGAAUACAAUAUCUCCACACAGAACCAUCAACACAGCCACAGAACUAUGAAGCCACGGCUCCACGUUGGUGCUAACUGUUGAGUCUGUUUAUAAACACCACAACUUACCUUAUACAGUGGUCUGGAUUCAUCCAUCAAACCAUACUGGUUUGGGUGGGCUGUACCUCAAAUACACAUACCAGAAUGAAAGCCUUAAACUGGUCAAGCCAGACUGUUGCUGGUGACUGCAGAAAAAAAGAACAGAGACUUUCAUUAUGUUGUUGUUGGGAAAAUAAAGAGCAAUGUGUUUACCUUC